AUGUCUUCAUCAGACGGUCAGUCUGGCGUCGAGUCUAAGUAUCCGCGCUCGCGUCAUCUUGAAGGCAACGAUGACAAUAUCGAGCAAGUGCAAACCCAUGAUGGCAAUGUGACCAAGGUGGUUCACGCCGAUGGGACCAUCGACUACAUCGACACGAAAGCCGUUGGCGGAGACUAUGGUGCAAUGCCGCCGAGAUACUUUCGCAGCCCGCAAUUCCUCGGCACUCUGACGGCACAAUGUCUAGCAAGUAUAUGCGCAUACCUAGGAUGGGUGUUGCCUGCGAACACUCUCACUCUCAUCAACGCAGACCUCGGCCCCUCGAAGAACAUCAAUUGGGUAGCCACCAUGUGGACAAUGGGCAGCUCCAUCGGCUUCCUUCUUGUUGGCAGACUCUCCGACCUCUACGGACGCAAGUGGAUGGUCCUCGGUACUUCGAUACUCGGACUUGUUGGCUGUGUCAUCGGAUCAUGCGCCCAAACCGUGGAGACCCUGAUCGCGGCCAACGUUUGCAACGGGAUCGCAGCGGCCGGACAGUUGUCCUUCGGCAUCGUAAUGGGAGAGCUCGUGCCGAACAAGUGGAGGGGGCCUAUCGUCACCAUAGUGUUUCUUUCUUCCCUCCCAUUCGCAGUCUUCGGCCCCGUCAUUGCGCGGUCCUUCUUCGACCACACCGUCUCCAAGUGGCGAUGGAGCUACUACCUCGGAGACAUACUCGGCUUGCUCUCUCUGGUUCUGUACUGGUUUUUCUACCACCCACCGUCUUAUGACCAGCUCCACGUCCACGGAAAAACCAGGUUGCAGAUGACCAAAGACCUGGACUUUGUCGGCAUAUUCCUGUAUGUUGCUGGCUGCGUCCUCUUCCUCAUCGGUCUCUCAUGGGGAGGAUCUGCGUACCCCUGGGCGAGCGCGGAAGUUCUCUGCACUCUGCUCAUCGGUAUCGCCACACUUGCAGCAUUUGCUGUGUACGAGGGCUUCUUUUGUAAGGUCCAGCCCUUGAUGCCUCCACGAAUGUUCAAGAACGUCGGCUUCGUCGCAAUCAUAGUAAUCGCAACAGUCGGGGCCAUGGUCUACUACUCCCUCACCGUCCUUUGGCCAACCAUAAUUCAAACCAUCUACACCACCGACUCGAUGAAAAUCGGCUGGCAGAGUUCUGUCAUCGGCGGCGGCAUCCUCCUCGGCCAGACCAUUGCAGGCUUCAGCAUCUCAUACGUACCAAAAGUUAAAUGGCAAUGUGUUGCAACCUCGGCCCUGGCUUUCGCGUUCAUGACUGCGUUGACCACCAUCUCCCCUGACCGGUGGGCCGCAACCAUUGCGCUGGGCACUUUGGUCUGUACCUUCAUCGGCUUUGUCGACAACAUUUCGUUUCCUGGCGUCACGCUUGUCUGGGAGGCCCAAGACAUUGGUCUUGCAACCGGCGUUCUGGGAUCGAUUCGCGGCCUGGGAGGCGCUGUUGCGCAGGCUCUUUACACGUCUGUCCUGACGAAUGAACUGAACAAGAACAUGCCCAAAUACGUCGUGCCAGCUGCAACAGAGGCUGGAUUGCCAUCGUCCUCAGUCGAGGCUCUCUUCGCAGCCAUCACAGCCGGCGACUUUUCGACAGUCCCAGGCAUCAACCCAGACAUCAUCGCGGCCGUGGGAGGUGCGCUCAAGACGGCUUACACAAGCUCGUUCAAGAUUGUGUUCUAUACGACGAUCCCCUUUUCGGUGAUCCUCCUGCUAAGUUCGUUCCUGGUGCCGAACAUGGAGAAGUUCCUCAGUCAUGAUGUUGCGAAGAAGUUGCAGGACAAGAGUCUGGAGGGUCGGGAAAAGACGGUGAUGCAGCAGGUCUGA